AGAAGUAGAAAGAAUAAUAGAUUUGCACAGGUGGGGUUUGGAUGUGGUAAAAUUUUUAAUUUUUCAAAAAACAAUUUGAAAAAUUCUUAGUAAAAUGUAAAAUUAAAAAAAAAGGAAGAGAAAAUGAUAAAAUCCAGGCUUAACCCUAACUAAGCGGCCCUUUCGUCCUCUGGUACUCUUUCUACCGCCUGAGUUUCUGCCUCUGUCUCCGUCACUCUCUAUCUUCGCUACCUCCUCCGACUGACAAAGUUGUUUUACGGAAAAGUCCAAGAAGAAUAAAAUCUAUCAACCUUCUUAGCUUCAGUUUUGUUUAUUUGCAAGUAUUUUUGCUACACGUAAUCAUGAAUCAAGUUUAUCGCGAUCAAAUUCAGUGUAAUAUUUUUUGUAAUAAAAGGAUGAUCGUAAACUAUUAGCUGAUUUUAUGGGAUGUUGGAAAUCUGAUAACGUUUCAAUGGAAGGUUUUGUUAUGAUGAUGAAGAUAUUGAUAAAUUUUAAGACAAAUUAUUGUCUUAAACUUUUGUAUAUUGUGCCAUUGUUGUUCUGGUUUCUGAAUAAGAAGAAACCUGGAUUUUUUAGACUUCUAAGAGGCGCAAUCUCAAGCGAGUGAUAUAAAUAUAGUUGGAGCAAAAUGUAAUUAUUGGAACUGGAAGAAUUUGUUCUGAAGAAAAUUGAUUUCUAUUUUAUCUGCUCAUUGAUCGAUUGUUGAACAGUUCUUAGAAACACUAGCAUAUGGGGAAGUUUUGUGUAGAUGUGCUGCAAACUCCUUGUUGAUGUUUUUAUUUUUGUUCUUCCUUGAUCCUGUUGACAGAUUAGGCUAUUGCAUUGAUUUGACAUCCAUAAGGUUCAUAUGUAAAGAAGGAUUCUGAAGCAGCAUACAAACUUUUUAGGAUUUUUGUACUGACGUAGCCCUCCUUUCUUUUCCUUGAGGGUUUCGAAGCAUUAUGGUAAUCCAUGCUAGUUAUCGUUUAAUUUCCUACUCAAAAGAGAUUGUAGAUGGACAGCAGAUUUUUGUUUCUUCAAAUUGUCUUCCUGUAAAGUCUUCAAAAUAUGAACCUGCUGGUCAUUCUUUUCAUGCUGCUGCACUUAAACUCCUUGGGUGUGAGGAAUAUACUGAUUCUGAUGAUCAGAAAGUUUCCAAUGAUAAGGAACAUACAUCUUUGCCACAAUAUGAGUCUUAUAGUAGCAAAGGUAAAAAGAAGUCUGGUACAGGAAGCAAUCAGCAAGAUCAUUAUGCACUUUUGGGAUUGAGUCAUUUGAGAUACCUUGCCACUGAGGAUCAGAUAAGAAAAGCUUACCGUGAGACUGCCUUGAAAUACCAUCCUGACAAGCAGGCUGCACUUCUUCUUGCCGAGGAAACUGAAGCUGCAAAACAGGCAAGGAAGGAUGACAUAGAAAGUCACUUUAAGGCUGUCCAAGAAGCAUAUGAGGUCUUGAUUGACCCUGUGAAGAGAAGGAUAUAUGAUUCCACAGAUGAGUUUGAUGAUGAAAUCCCAUCUGACUGUACCCCACAAGAUUUUUUCAAAGUCUUUGGUCCAGCUUUUAUGAGGAAUGGAAGGUGGUCAGUUAAUCAACCAGUACCAUCUUUGGGUGAUGAGAGUACUCCAUUGAAGGAAGCUGAUAAUUUUUACAAUUUUUGGUAUAGCUUUAAAAGCUGGAGAGAGUUCCCACAUGCAGACGAGUUUGAUCUUGAACAGGCCGAGUCUCGUGAUCAUAAGAGAUGGAUGGAGAGGCAGAAUGCUAAACUUUCAGAAAAAGCUAGGAAGGAAGAACAUUCACGGGUGCGUUCUCUUGUUGACAAUGCAUACAAACGAGACCCUAGAAUUCUGAAGAGAAAGGAGGAGGAGAAAGUUGAGAAGCAAAGGAAAAAGGAAGCUAAAUUUCUGGCAAAGAAGUUGCAGGAAGAAGAAGCUGCUAGGGCUGCUGAAGAAGAGAAACGCCGAAAAGAGGAGGAGGAAAAACUAGCAGCUGAAGCUGCAUUACAACAGAAGAAGCUGAAGGAAAAAGAGAAGAAGUUCUUACGCAAAGAGCGGACUCGACUUAGAACACUUUCAGCAUCCAUUGUAUCUCAGCAUUUGCUUGAUCUAUCUGAGGAGGUUGUGGAAAGUCUGUGUAUGUCCCUUGAUACUGAGAAGCUGAGAAGUUUGUGUGAUAAAUUGGAAAACAAGGAAGGCCUGGAACAAGCCAAAGUUAUAAGGAAUGCACUAGGGUGUGUUCAUGAAUGUGAGGGAAAGAACCAAGAUGAAAAAAAUAAUUUACAGCAGAAUGGUUCUGCAGAGGCUAAUGGAAUUAUCCAUUUAAAAAGCUUUGAGAAGAAGGAGAAGCCUUGGGGAAGGGAAGAGAUUGAGCUAUUAAGAAAAGGAAUCCAAAAGUAUCCCAAAGGAACAUCUAGAAGGUGGGAGGUUAUUUCAGAGUACAUUGGUACAGGGAGAACUGUGGAAGAAAUUCUGAAGGCAACCAAAACAGUUCUCCUCCAGAAGCCUGAUGGUGCAAAAGCUUUUGAUUCUUUUCUUGAGAAGAGGAAACCUGCACAGUCCAUUGCUUCUCCCCUUACAACUAGGGAAGAUGUGGAAGGGUUAUCGAUCCCCCAGGGGCCUCAGGAAACAGCUGCAAAGGUGGAUAUCCCAGAAGGGUCUACAAGUUCAAAGAGUCCUGUGGAUGUGUCUGCUUUAGAUGGGGUUUCUUCGAGUUCUGAUCAAGAUGUGUGGUCUGCUGUACAAGAAAGAGCACUGGUUCAGGCUCUAAAAACCUUCCCCAAGGAAACCAGUCAGCGCUGGGAGAGAGUUGCAGCUGCUGUUCCUGGAAAGACUGUAAAUCAGUGCAAGAAAAAGUUUGCACUACUGAAGGAGAACUUUAGAAACAAGAAAAGUUCAGUUUAGUGUUUCCUGUUGCAUUCUUCUGCUUCUUGGAAUGAGAAAGCGGUAAACAUGCAUGAGAUUUUUUUCUGUUAUCCCUUUUUAAUAUAACUAUUUUCUCGUUUGAGGCAA